AUGGUUACCCAGAGCGAAGCGUUCAAGAAGGCUGCCGAGGAGAGCAAGCAGUUGACGUCGAAGCCGAGCAACGAGGACCUCCUCGAGAUUUACGCCCUCUACAAGAUCGGGACGGGCGAGGACGUCGAGAAGGCUCCCGCGCCGGGCGGCAAGGCCAAGUUGAAGGCGUGGCAAAAGGCUGUUGACGACGGCAUCACGGUGGAGCAGGCCCAGGAGAAAUAUGUCGCCAAGGUCGAGGAGAUGAAGACCACGUACGGAUUCGACGCGAACAAGCAGCCCGAGGCCGUCGGCCAAGAAUAG